AUGGCUGAUUUGCCCACGAUCCGCAUUGGCUACGUGCCCGAGCACUACCUGACACCGCUCCAUCUCGCACUCCGUUCCCCGACCGUUUCCUCCCUCCCAUUCAAGAUCGCCCUCACUCCAUUCCCAUCCGGAACGGGGCACAUGAUCACAUCGCUGCGCGGCGAUGAAAUUGAUAUCGCCAUUGGGUUGACCGAGGGAUGGGUCGCAGGAUUAGCCGGGAAACAGCAAGCGACCCAGAACUCCGCAGACGGGGGAUACAAGGUUAUCGGACACUGGGUGGACAGCCCACUGCGGUGGGCGAUUGUCACCGGCCGCAAUCGCGAGGAGAUCAAUGGGGUAUCGGACUUGAAGGACAAUCGGGUUGGAGUUAGCCGGCUGGGAAGCGGCUCGCAUAUCAUGUCCUUCGUUCUUGCUCAGCAGCAAGGCUGGAAGGCUGAUUCUCUGAGUACCGUUCCUCUCGGGCCUUUCGGGCCGUUGCGGGAUGGUGUCUCGGGUCUUGACAGCUCGAACCCCGAUCAACCUGCGAACCCGUCGGCUGAGUUCUUCAUGUGGGAGGAAUUCACUACUAAGCCAUACUUCCACCCUACAGCGGAGAAGCCGAACCCGCCGCUUAAGAAGAUUGGCGAGAUCUUCACUCCCUGGCCUUCCUGGAUGAUUGUCGCUUCUACGGCUCUGUUCCCCAAUCCUGAGCAAGACGAACGAUUGAAGAGUCUCUUCCAGGCCUUGGAUCAGGGGAUUAAAGACUUUGAGGCUGAUACUGCGCAAGUGGUCAAGCUCCUUGGUACUGGGGAAUUGGGCUGCAACUAUAUCGAGGAAGAUGCUAAGGAGUGGCUGAAGGAUGUCAAAUUCACCAAUGCCACCCGCGGUGUGGAUGGUAAGAUCAUUGAAGGUGUUGUCGAUGUGCUCAAGGUGGCUGGUGUGAUUGACACGGCGAUGAGCAACGAUGAAGCCAUUCGGCGGGUUAUCGGGAUCAAGAGGUAG